AUGACCAGGAACGCAGUUCACGAUGCCCUGAUAGGCAAAGUCACUGCCUACGUCAGGGAGUACAUGUCACAUUACGACCCAUCCCACGACUUCCAUCAUAUCCAGCGGGUCGUGCAUCUCGCACUGCUCAUACAAGCCGAUGUUUCUUCGCCCCCCACAUCACGUCUUGUCGUCCACCUCGCCGCGCUCAUGCACGAUGUGGGUGACAAGAAGUACCUUAAGCCCGGAGAGGAUGCGUCGACCCUCAUCGCCUCCGUGCUGACGUCGCUGGGCGCGGACCCAGAGCUCGCGCAGACGGUGCAGACCAUCUGCCUGGGCGUGAGCUACUCGUCCGAGGUCAAGGAUCCCGCACACGUGGCACGGCUGAUCGAGCGGCAUCCCGAACUGGCCGUCGUGCAGGACGCGGACAGGCUCGACGCCAUUGGCGCCGUGGGCAUUGGGCGCGCGUUCACCUUUGGGGGUGCAAAGUCUCGUGAAUUGAGCAACACCAUGGAGCACUUUGAUGACAAGCUUGUGCGGCUCGAGGGCAUGAUGAAAACGGCCAAGGGGCGGGAAAUGGCUGUGGAGAGGACGCAGAGGCUGAGGCUGAUGCAGGCCUGGUGGAAGGACGAGACUUUUGGGAUUGAAACCAUCUAA